CCUGAGGUAUCUUUCGAAGAAGUUGCUCCACAAGAGUACUAGUAGCCAGUUGAGAGAUAGAAGUGACGCAAUGGUGUCGGAUCUCAAGGAAGAACCAAGAAUGAAGAAGUGGACGCUGACCAAGCUUGAAGCUGUAGGAGGCAAAGGUGGUCAUUUGUUUGACUCUGGUUGCAACCCAUCGGGUGUGAAGAAAGUGAGAAUUGAAUAUGGCAAAUUUGAUUGGAAUGGAAAUAAGUACUUGUGUCUAGUCAAGAGAGUUUUUCUGGAUUUCACUGAUGGCAACGCUGUUUCGUACAUUGGAUGCGGUGUGUGCACAACAGGAAAAGUCACAUCUACAUUUGAGCUCUGCCCCAAUGAUGAGAUUUCCAAAGUUGUGGUAUGGUCAGAUGAUAAGUAUGUCACUGCAAUUCAAUUUUACACCAUGGCUGGAAUUGUCUCUCCCAUGUAUGGCAUUCCAAAGGACAAGAAUUCCAAAGACAAGAAUUCAGUGGAAACAACGUUUGAAGGUGGCCCUGGUUCCCGUUUGGUUGGUAUCCAUGGAAGAUUUGCUGGUGUCAUUGACAAGCUUGGAUUCACCUUUGCCGUGGCCAGCGAUGUCCCUUGUGAGAUUGGAAACACUGUGUUGACUGGCGAUACAUCUGAUCAUGACUCAGUUACCAUGGUGAGCAUGGGAGCGCAAGAAGGCUAGACGACUCGACUCGACUCAGCUGGUAGCUAGGAAAGACUCAGUCAAUGUUUGCAAGAGGUGAUGGAUGAAAAAGGCUGAAAAGAAAAAGUCGAGUGAAUAGUUCGUGGCAAACUAAAAUAGGACAAACAAUCUUUGUAAAGG